AUGGGUCGCAAACCGAACCAACUCAUCCUCGAGUUCUUCCACCGAGGACCUAAGCUGGAAGACGCGAGUAAUCGCUACCAACACACAUGCAAAGCCUGUGGUGAAGUCUUCCCGAAGGGUCGUAUCGACAGUCUCACCAAUCAUCUGGUGAAGAAAUGCCAGGCAAUCCCCCUCCGCGAUCGCCAACGCGUCUUGAUGCGACUCCAUGAACUCCCCGACUUCCCUGAGACUGAUUCAACCAAGGACGCGGCUGGAAACAAGGGUAAAUCCACCGAGGGUGGAGUGCCUAACAGGCAAAAUUUCGAUGGUCUCAAUGUACUGGCAGAAGCCUCGCGACAAGUGGGUGCCUCGGACGUGACCAAGCGUGCACCCGGCUACACCCAGUCCGUGACAGCCGGUGGUAAAACAGUCAUCGUCGACCCUGCGCUUGAAGCGGAAGGCUUCCAGGGACAAUCGCAGGGACCGGAUGGAAAGGUGGAAGGUACAGCAAACGCUGAGGGAACGCCACAAUCAUCCAACGCACAGGUUCCUGCAUCCAUGUCGCCACCUCUUGGCGAUGCGGCGAUGUCGCCCGACUCGACCUCGAAUGCUCGCCAGUCGCAACUGUCGCUGAUCGCGGCCUCCGCUAAUGAGAUGGUCCCUCACGGGGUGCCGAUGGACGGUGACGGCGACAUGAAGAUGAACCAAUGGAACCAGCAGCUCUCUACACACGAGCAGCUUCUUUUUGACAGCUUGCAUGAACAUGACCCGUCCUUGACUGCUGCCACUCAACGUGCUGCUUCGUACCCCCGUCCGAUUGCGAUGAACCCGAACACUCAGGCAAAGGGGUUUGUGAAUGAAUUUGGCAACUCAACUAAGCCCAUGAAGCCUAAGGUGCGAGGACGCUUCACUGCAGAGCGACGCCGGGAAGUUCAAGAUGUGCGGAAGAAGGGCGCAUGUCUUCGUUGCCGCAUGUUGAAGAAACCUUGCUCCGGAGAUACCCCUUGCACGACCUGCGCUAGCGUGGAAAGUGCUCGACUGUGGAAACACCCGUGCUUGCGCACCCGCCUUUCUGACGAGUUUGAACUUUACAAUGCUAAUCUCAACUCCACUCUUGCCUAUCAUGAUACCAACAGUAUCAAAAACCAGAUCAAAUUUGAACAUUACUCUGGUCGCAUCGAAGUCACUCAUUUCGAGGAGAGCAACUCUUUCAUGACUUUCGCCGGACUCCAGGGUCACCGCGCUUCAGUCUCUGCACUGGACCCCCAGCUCCAAGCUCUCGGUGAUGAUCAGUUCUCUGGUCCAUCGCAAGAAGUCUAUCUCCUGGAUGCGGACUCCGAUGACAUCCCAAGCAAACUGGAGCAAUACAUCAAGAAGAACGCCUCUUAUUUCUAUGAGCGCGAGACCUCAACCUUUAUGAAGCCCACCUUGUUGCUCGCAGCGGAAAUCAACCAAGAGAAAAAUGACCCUCUGCUGGAACGUGUGCUGGAGCUGUGGGUUGCUACCCAUAUCCUGGUUGAUACAGAGCUCACCUGGAAAACCUACUACAAUCCCACUCUACCCCCGAACUCGUUGCACCCCCUUUCCCAGCCGUCGGAUGAGGGCCGCUUGCCCAUCGAGGAGGUCACCGACCCAGAGUCAUACGGCCUUCUCUGCAGUCAGCUGCGCGCUGCCAUGGAGAAGCGUGCUUCGCACCUAAGCAAGGCCGUCAUCAAUGACCUGGAACGUCGACUGCUCCAGCGCCAGAAAUGUGGCUGGUUCGAUACUUUCAUUGUGGCAAUCAUCUUGCUGAACUGCGUCGAGCGCACCUGCUGGCUGUUCCGCUCAUGGGACAAUGAAAACUUUUCCCAACGUUGGCCUCUUGACAAGCGACCUCCUUACUACUUCAACCAGUCGGACCGCUUUGCCAACAUCCUAGAGAUGCUACUUCGAAUGCGCCACAUCCCUCCCAAGGCCACUUUCCGUCCAGACAAUGGCAUCUUGAAGGCAGUUGAUGGCAGUGACGAACAUGCUAUCCGUUGGUUCGAUAUGAUUCAACUGACCCCAUACUUUAUCGAAGAGCGCAAAAAUGCCGUUUUCGACCCCUCCGACUCGCGCUCUCUGGAUUGCCAUCACAGUGCCAGUCUUCUUGAGCCGAACAACGCCACUUAG